UAUUCAGCUGAAUUUAUAAAAAAUUUUUUUGGGCAUUCUUUAACCAAAUUUCAUCAAGAAUUCAUUAAAAAUAAUUUUUCUAGAGUCCUACCCAUUCUCCUAUGCAAACAGCCACAGUUUCUGCCUGGACCCCAUGCUCAAGUCGUUCACUUUCUCCUUGUGCCUCACCUGCAGCCUCUUUGAGAGGUUCUUGGUCUUAUGAUAUUGUAUUUCUGCCUUCACACCUUGAACGGCACAUAAAAAUCCUUAAAAGUUCGUUGCCCUUGGGCGUUGUAUUGGACGCUGAUGCUGAUAAGGCAAUUAAUGGUUGUGUUGCAAAAAAUAUUUGUAGUAAAAAGGCUUUGGCAAAAGAUGGAAGAAUACAGCCUGGCGAUUUUAUUGUUAAAAUAAAUGGUGAAAAUUUGAGGAAUGUUACUAAUGCACAGGCUAGGGCUAUUUUGAAAAGGGCUAAUUUGAUUGGAGCUCAGUGCAAUAUUUCAUACAUAACUGCAUCUGAUGCUAGAUUGUGGAAAGAUCGUUUCCAUAGAUUAGACAGUGUUUCAAUGUUUCCUACAGAUGAUAGUAUCCAACAAAUACGUUCAGUACAACAGAAUGUUUUUGAAAGUUCCAGGCUAUCGCCAAAAGUUUAUCCAAAAUUCUACAAAAGUCCACUAUUCAAUGAAGAUGAACAACAACAACAAAUAUUAGCAACAACAACAAAUGCCUUAGAUUACAGCAUUCCAAAUAGUGAAUUACACUCUCCUAAUAAUGAUGAACAACGAUAUUUACUUCCAUCAACUUCACAAAUAUUUGAAGGGGAGGAAAAAUCGAGAAAAGAGGAAUUGACCCAAAUGAGUCAAUUAAAUUUUGAAAGAUUUGUUGAUAAUCUUCAAAAGGCAAUAAUAGCUGAUGCAAUUUUUGAUCUUUACAUUCUUUGGAGUCGAGAUAAACAAAGUAUUUUACAUUCCAAUAUUGCGGCAACAGCACCUUCACUUCCAUCCCCAUCAACAUCAACUAUUUCUUCGCCAAAACCAAUAAAAUCACCUCCUCGUGCUUUAAGAGCUGCUUCAAUUGCCGUUACUCAACCACCGCCUAAACCCCAAAAAGGAAUACUUAGAAGAGCGGCAUCUUCGUUUAGAAAGAAGCGUUCCAAACCCCCAGAAGAACAACAACAAAAUUUGGAAUAUAUGACAACAACACCAGCAACAACGUCAAAUAUAGAGAUGAAUAGAAGUAGCAGUAGAUCUAGAUCGGAUACUCUGGAUAAUAUUCCAACAACUUCAAAUAGCCUUCCAACAAGUCCACGAUUAGAUGAGUCUAAUAAUAGAGAAUCUGCAAGUAGAGAACCUAGUAGAGAACCUAUUAAUUUUUGGAGUGAGCCGAGAAGUGUUGUUUUACAGAGGCAUCCAAAUGAAACGUUUGGUAAUAAUUUAUGCUUUAAAAAUACCUAA